GCGAGCGUGUGAGUGACGCGCCGUUAACUCAAACCCUUUGAAUGCUUGGGAUUUUUCUGAUUUAUCUUUGCCUUUGCCCUAUAUUUCACGCCCCGCCUUUGCUAAUUCCAUUGCGCCUUCAAGCAGUCAAUCGAAAGGGUUUCUCUCUCCAGCUCUCUCUCUCUAAAAUCAUCUCUGUUCCUCAUUCCGAUCAUCAAUGGCUGACAAGACUGAGUUCGAUUCUCGCCCAAAUCAGAUCCCGAAAGAUAUGCAAGGACCUGACAGUGGCAUCCCGCUUUCACCUCAGUGGCUUCUGCCAAAGCCAGGGGACAACAAGGCUGAAGCUGUUACCGGGGAGAACCAUUUCAGUUCUCUCCACGGUCAUGCCAACCUCCCUGUUGCUGCUAAACCAACUGGAGUGGGAGAUGAUUCGGUUGAUAACCCUAAGAAGAAAGACGUUUUUCGUCCUUCGGUGCUGGACAUGGAGCCUGGCCGCAGGGACCGCUGGCACGAUGAAGAAAGGGACGCGAAUUUCUCCACCCGCAAGGACCGCUGGAGGGAGGGUGAGAGAGAUCUGCACCCCGACAGCCGCAGGGCUGACCGCAAGCCCGACCCAUCUGGUGGGAGGCACUAUGGAGAAGCAGCACGCAGGGCCCCCGGCGAGCGCUGGACUGACUCGGGAAAUCGAGACAAUCAUGAUCAGCGCCGUGAGAGCAAGUGGAACACUCGGUGGGGCCACGAUGACAAGGAGGCGGACAUUUUCCUUGAUAAGGGGUCGACCCAAGCUCCUCCUUCUCAUGGGAAGGAAGAGAGGGAGGGUGGGGAACACUAUCGGCCGUGGAGGCCAAAUUCUUCCUACAGUCGGGGUAGGGGGGACCCUCAUCACCAGACCUUGACACCUGGCAAACAGGUUUCCACCUUUUCGCAUGGACGGGGGCGUGGGGAAAGCCCAGCUCCUGUUGUGUCCCAUGGCAGGGGAAGGGUCGGGUCUGGGGGGAAUUUGGUUACCCACACGGCCAAUCAUUUGCAGCCACGUGGACCUCUCGUGGAGAAAGGUGAAACCGGCUUUGGAGGGCCCGGUCGUCUGACUUAUAGCAGGACAAAAUUGAUUGAUAUAUACAGGACAACUGAUAUGACAGGCUACGGACGUAAGUGUUUGGAGGGUGUCUCUGAAGUACCUUCACUUACUCGAGAAGAACCUACCGAACCACUGGCUUGUUUUGCACCAACUCCUGAAGAAUUGGCUAUUCUGAAGGGAAUUGACAAAGGAGAAAUCAAUAGUAGUGGUGCUCCACAGGUCAGUAAAGAUGGAUCGGCAGGCCGUACUACAACUGACUUAAUGCAAACGAGAAGAAACAGGCUAGGCGGUGGUAAGGAUGACUUGACCUUUCCUCUGGAUGAUUCUAAACAUGGCACUUCGAGCAAUCCUGAUGGUUACUCAGACUAUUCGGAAGCUCCAGUCCAUGGAAAACACAUUCAUCGAUGGCCCAAUGUGAAAGUUGAGACAAUGCAAGAGUAUAGGACCUCUUCUGACCACAAGUUGAAUGUCGAAGCUUUAAAGGAAGACAGUGCUGUUCAUAGGAAGAAUGAUGAUGGUUCUGGUGCCAGAGAAUCUAGUACCCCGGAAAAUUCUUCACUUCGCACAGGUUCAUGGAGAUCUUCAUCUUUGACAGACCGCUCACGUUUAGCUUCUGAUUGGAGAGAAGGCUCUCUGGAUAUUCCGAAAGAUCUUAACAAUGUUUGGCAGAACAGUAUGAUUGAUUCACCUAAUACCAGUAAAGGAGCACCCAGAUGGCAGGUGGGUGACGAUCCAAUUUUGGGAAGGCAACCACCUGCAGCUAUCAACAGGGAGAUGGAAUCACAUAUAAUUUCUCAACCUUCUCCUGAAGACUUAGUUCUUUUCUAUAAAGAUCCUCAGGGUGAAGUUCAAGGCCCUUUUACUGGGAAUGAUAUCAUUACAUGGUUUGAGUCGGGAUAUUUUGGCAUUGAGUUGCAAGUUCGUCUGGCCAAUGCUCCGGUUGACUCCCCCUUUUAUUUACUUGGAGAUGUGAUGCCCCAUUUGCGUGCCAAGGCUCGGCCACCUCCUGGAUUUAAUACUCCCAAACCAAAUGAAAUCCAGGACACCUCUGGUAGAUUAAACUAUACCAAUGUUGGGAAUCUACAUGCGGUUGCGGGUGAGGCUGAUUUAUUACAAAAUGAUUCGAGAUAUAAACAGGGUAUGGGUUCCACAACGGAGGCUGAGAAUAGGUUUUUGGAGUCAUUGAUGGCUGGCGGUAUGAGUACAACUCCAUUUGAAAAGCUUGUUCUUUCAGAAGGCAUGCAGGGGUAUGCUGGAGCUAAUUUUAUUGUACAGCCACCAUUGGGAACAAACAGUGGGGAAGAUCCAUAUUUACUGGCUAAGAAGUUGGCAUUGGAGAGGCAGAGGCCUGUACCAAAUCCUUACUCACUUUGGGCUGGUAGAGAUGCAGCUACUGUUACAGACAAUGCUCGUGCACAGCAUCUUUCUCAGAAUAUGGAGUCAUUGCCUGCCCAUCCAGGAUUACUUGACCGAUCUGUACCAGCUGCCAACAAUGGGGCUAGUGGUUGGAUGAAUUUCCCGACCCAAGUGGGUUUGGACCCACUUCAGGAUAAGUUGGAUGUUCGUCAUGCACAGAAUAUUCCUUCACAAUCUGCCCUUGGUAUAUUGCAACAGAGGCUACAGCAGCCACAGAACACACACUUGGGUAAUCUAUUAGCCCAAUCAUUGGAUAAUUCAUCUCGGAUAAUUUCUCCGGAGAAUCUCCUUGCUUCUGGUAUUCCUCAAGAUCAGCAGAUUUUAAGUUUGUUGCAACAGCAGUAUUUGCUACAGCAGGUUCAACCCCAGGCCCCUGUUGCGGCCCAGCAGCUGUCACUUUUGGAUAUGAUGCUUAAGCAGCAACAGAAGCAGGAAGAGCAGCAACUGUUAAUGCGCCAGCAGCAGCAGUUGCUCUCGCAAGUGCUGUCCGAGCGUCAGCUGAAUAAACAAUCAGGAGAGCCUUCGUUUGCCCAGCUGCAGCAAACUGGUGGUUUUACUGCGGGAAAUGCUAAUGUGGAUCACACCCAUUUCGAACAACAUCAUGAUAUCUUUCAGACUGGUUCACAGGUGCAAGCUCCUAACAUACGAGGUGAUACUGCAAAUGAUGCUGGUUUUGUUAUGUCUCCUAAUGAUCCUCAGGAGGUGAGCCAAAAUAUAGGGCCAGAAACUUCAGAAAGUUCCAUGCAUCUGCCACAUCAGAUUUUUGCUAAUAUCCCAAAGCAAAGAGACUGGGAUGAUGCUCCUGCAGCAGAAAAAAAUGUUGAGCUGCCAACGGAUCUUUCAAGCACGACACAGUUGGGGAAAUCUGUCCCGCCGAAGCAAAAUACAGUUGAUCAUAAAAAUGAUUCAGUAUUUCAUGAAGCUUUGGAUGCAAUCACUAAGGCUCCGACUGAAGAAUUAUCCGAACAGGGAGGAAGUGAAGAACAGCACACUGCUAAUUCCUCUGUGGUAAAGCAAGUUAAAGUCCCUGAAGCACGGGGUAAGAAGUCGAAGAAGCAAAAGUCCUCUUCCAAGGCUCCGGUUGACUCAGUAAAGGGUGGUGUGACCAAGUCACAACAGUUGAAGUCAUCGGAAUCUGAAGGAACGGCCUCCAAUAAUGCAAAAUCAGAGACACUUACUUCCCAAGGAGAUGCACUUGCAGCAUCUGCAACAGAAAAGGAGAAGGCAAAGAACAAAAAAUCAGCUGAGGAUGGGGGACUCCUACCAGGCCAAAACUCAUUGCCUGCUCAUAAUUAUGCAGAUGAUGUUGUAACUGCUGAGACGGAUGCUCAGCCAGGACAAGUUGCACAUGUUUCACAGGUCAACACGCAAGCAAAUACUGGUCAACGGGCAUGGAAACAUGCUCCUGGUUUCAAGCCAAAAUCACUACUAGAGAUACAACAGGAAGAGCAGAGAAGAGCACGUGAACGGGAGGAAGCGGCAGUUUCUGAUAUCUCAACUUCUCUAAGCUCCAUGAGCGUUUCAUCCCCUUGGGCUGGAAUAGUUGCAAAUGCAGAUUAUAAGGCAUUGGAGGAAUCCCAGCAGGAACCCCCUAGCACCGAGAUAAACUUCACCAAGUCUGACAGCUCCUCUGUACUGAAGAACAAUAAUAACCAAAAUGAAGAUCUGUUCUGGGAUACUAGUGUUUCCAAUUUAGGUGACAGAGAACUAGAGACGAUCAAUAGUCGGGUGCCUUUAACAUCAAUGAUGAGUUCCCAAACUGAUCCUGUUGUUGCUGAUGACUUUAUUGAUGCUAAAGAUACUAAAAAGAGCCGUAAAAAAUCUGCCAAGGCUAAAAAGGUGGCUCCCGUAGUUACUGCCACCGACGUGUAUGUUGGAUCAAGUCCGAGUGAUAAAGGUAAGCUUGCUCGGCAAAUGCAACAGCAGAAGGAAGUGUUGCCCCCUCUUCCAUCUGGCCCUUCCUUGGGGGACUUUGUUACCUGGAAGGGGGAGUCUUCUAGUCCUCCUGCCCCUGCUUGGUCUGAUUCUGGAAAACUCAGUAAACCUGCAUCAUUGAGGGACAUCCUUAAGGAGCAGGAGAAAAAGGUUUCUUUUUCACAGCAGGUGCCAACUCCUCAGAAGCCUGCAACAAAUCAACCUGCUUGUGCAAGUGUUCCUUCAUGGUCGCAUUCUUCUUCCCCUGCAAAGGCUGCGGCUCCAGUGACUAAAUCACAAGCUUCCUCCCAGUCAAAACAUAAUAAAGUUGAGGAUGAUCUGUUCUGGGGACCACUAGAGCAACCGAAGCCAGAAGAGCAGUCUGAGUUUCCUCAACUCGGAACACAGGGAAGUUGGGGAAGCAAAAACACCUCUGUGAAGGGAAACCCUAGCGGGAUUUUGAACCGACAGAAAUCUGCUGGUGGCAAAGCUGCAGAUUAUCCAUUUUCUGUUUCAGCUCCCUCAGCUCAAUCAUCCCUCAAAGGAAAGAAAAAUGCUACUACCAAGCAUUCAGAGGCUAGUGACUUCAAGGAAUGGUGUGAGAGCGAGUGCGUCAGACUCAUUGGGUCCAAAGAUACAAGCAUACUUGAAUACUGUCUGAAGAUAUCGAGGUCUGAGGCCGAGACACUACUGAUAGAGAAUCUUGGCUCGUUUGAUCCAAACCAUGAGUUUAUCGACAAGUUCCUGAACUACAAGGAUUUUCUGCCUGCAGAGGCUGUCGAGGCUGCCUUCAAGAACCGGAAUGAUCGAAAAACCACUGCCAAUCUGAGUGGUGGGGACAUGAUUUCUGAUUCUUAUCCUGAUAUCGGUGGUGGGCCCAGUGCCAUUGAUGGGGGCAUCACAAAAGCAGGUAAAAAAAAAGGGAAAAAGGGGAAGAAAGUGAGCCCGGCAGUCUUGGGAUUCAAUGUCGUGAGCAACCGUAUUAUGAUGGCUGCAUUGGAUACCACCAUCGAAUAUCAGCACUGGAUACCCAGUAGAUCAUCCCUUAGUGGCAUAGAAAAUCUCAGCCUAACCGUCCGACAGGGAGCGGACCUAAAUGGGCGAGCUCGUGCGGGCCACGACGGGAAGGUCUGCGGGCGAACCCGCGGCUCGCCUGUGCGCGUAGGUUAUCACUUGUCAACCAAGCUUCAGAAUCCUCACCAAAUUCUCCCGAAAAUGAUGAAGGCGUCGUUCAAACUUAGGCAUGACCUCGACAAACUCACCGCCGCUUCCACCGUGGCAGUCAACGCCGGUGACUUCAAGCUCCGCGCCUCCAUGACCGACGCCACCGUCGCUUCCGGCCCCAGCUUGAACGGCCUAGCCUUAGGCAUCGAGAAACCUGGCUUCUUCAUGGUCGACUACAACGUCCCCAAAAAGGAUUUUAGGUUUCAGUUCAUGAACACUGUUAAAGUGGCAGAGAAACCGUUGAAAUUGACCUACAUUCACAGUAAAGGGGAUGAACGGACAAUAUUGGAUGGGACACUGGUGAUUGAUUCUGCAAACAAGGUCUCUGCUAAUCACGUGCUUGGUACCGGCAAUACGAAGUUGAAGUACAGUUAUUCACAUGGAGGGCUGACAACAUUCGAGCCGAGCUACGAUUUGGGGAAGAAUACAUGGGAUUUUGCAGUUUCGCGCAAGGUAAAUAUGUUUUCGACCAAUAGCAUGCUCCGGGCUACCUAUCAGACAUCUAGCAAGAAUUUGGGGCUCGAGUGGUUUCAGAGUUUAGAGCAAGGCACGGUCAAGGUUACAACAUCCGUCAAUUUGGCAGACGAGCGGAAAAUACCAAAAGUAUUUGCCGAGUCUACCUGGGAAUUUGAAAUGUGAUUUCUUACUGCCUUUGUUCAUCCGCUGCAAGGGUUCAGUGUGGACAACAAUCUUAUAACAGACUGGAUGUAAUCAAUCUUUUAAUCAUGGCAUUUGUUCUUCAUAAUUUUGCAAACUGGCUUACAGUUGCAGCAAACUUUUAAGCCAUUUUUAUCUGCUUGAAUCCAUUGGUCCAUGUUUCUGUCUUGAAAUUCGUAUCAGGUACAGUUACGUAUCUUGUGAGUAAGUUUCACCGAGUUGUGAUUCAUUCAGUGCACAAUCUUCGUGGUAUUUUGAUUUCAUGAAUGGUCUUGCACCAUGAACUCAAUUUACCAUGAAUGGUUCGUGUGCCAAUUGAAGGAAAUUGUUCGCGUAAUCGUACCAACAUUGUGCCAGUUGAUAUGAUAACCUAACACUACAAGGUCCAAAUUUAACUCGGCUAUUUAAUGGCUACAAUGCAUGUAUAGUCUAUAGCACCUUAGAAUUUAGAUCACUGACCAAUAGUAGGCAUUUUGUUACUGUUUAUGUUUAAUUGUUGAACAUAUAUAUUACUUCAAUAUAUAUACGUGG